CAAAAAUAGGCUCAGGAUUAAAAUUAAUGCUAAAAAGUUUAUGGAUGAGCUGAUCAAAGAGAAUAACAAAGUGCCCUUCCAUCAACUUUUGGAGGAAGAGAAGUAUAAUACUUCUCAGUUAGAGACAAAGAGGGAGAGAAAGAAACAGCCCCGGAUAAGCUCUCAAGGUGGGUUUAGUUACUAUCCUGAAAACCUCAAGCGGCUUGGAAAUAAUAGCCUAUCUGUUCCAAGAAAUGGAGGGAUUGGUAGGAAUACCAGUCAUAAUUAUACACAAAGAACUGAAGAUAGGGUUCUUAUCAAUCCUCGAAAUGAACUCCCCAAUUUUAACUCCAUUAUGAGUGAAGAUGACCUAAUACUUGAUGUUAAGCUGAAAAGAAAUAGGAAAAACUCUCGUAUGCAAAGUAUUAGCAAUACUAAUUCUGCCAAGAAGCUCGAAAAUCAGAAUAAAAGGAAUUUACCUAUAUUAGACCAUAAACAAAUUAAAAGAAAAUCUAAGAACAUUUCAUGACUGUCUAAACAGCAAACUCCAAGCAAUUCACUUCUCCAAAAAUCCCACAAAAUGCCAAAAAUAAAACAACCUAGGAUUAAUUUCAAUUCUAAACCCAAAGUUCAUAUCCAAAAGAGUAUAAAACCUCAUCUUCCUGCCAAAAAGUCUCACCUAAACACACCCAAACGAGCACGAAAUAAAAUCCCAACUAUAAAACCUCCUUCAAAAUUAAAGACAACGCCAAAGGCUAGAAACACAAGACCAUCACGGCUGUUAAUUCAAAAAUCCCCACGAAGGAAGAAGAUUCCAUACAAAGUGGAACCUCGAGGCGCAUCUCUUAAUGCAAAGUUUUUGAAAAAGUACAAACCUAGUAAUACCUCAAAACUCAUGCUGGAAUCUGAGAGGCACCAGGCAUCCCUCAAACGUCUCCAGCAGUAUCAGAAGGAGUGGGGUGAAGCCAAGUUCGAUCGUAGUGAAAGCCACCUUCGACGUUGAGAGGCCUGUAGGCUCCGCAAAGCUAAAUUUGACCAACAAAGGCUCAAAAAGCGAUUUAAAAAAUCAAAUGGAAAGUACCUUGAUACUUCAUUCGUCCAGAUUGACGAAGAAUCUGAAGAAAUUACAUUAAGAAACCAAAGAGAUGCAUAUUACAACGGAUAUACACUGUCAGAACAAGAAGUUAUGCAAGAAGAAGAGAAAGACUCAUUCCAUACUGGAGAGAAUACAGGGCUUAGGUUUACCAAAAACUCUCUUAAAAGAAAAUGCAAGGAAGUUUGUCGCUGAAUCGACGAUUACAAAGCAUCUCCUCGAUAUUCUGGUAUCUCACCUAAGACAAGGAAAUUGAAAGAAGCUGAAAAGGCUAAACUCUGAUUCAGACCUAUUCUAACUAAGAAAGCAAGAAAUAUCGUGGAAUCCAACUCGAAAGAACUGUUAGCUUUAAAUAACAACUCAAGCGAAGAAGAACUCAAAGUAGCCCCUCCACAGUUGGAGAUCGAAGAUUCUCCUGAACUGAAGUAUGUGAAGCAAAAGUUUCCAAUUCUGAGUAACACUCAGCUCCAAUCUAACAGGAAGAACCUCCUUAUAAGCAAGUGGGAGGAAAUGGCUAAGGAAGAUGAGGAAAAGCAGAAGUUCGAACAAGACAAAAAGAGUAAAAAGAUACAUAAUUUUACAUAA